AUGCUCUACAGCUCCUUGCUUCUCAUCGCUCUGUCGUCCUCGACCCAAGCCAAGCUCUGGGGAUGGCCAGAGGACGACUUCUCAAUCCACAAGCAAGAACUACAGGCGAACUUUAAACCGCAAUCGCUCGGCUCCGAGUCCGUCUUCUGUCCGGGCUGGGGCAAGUGGUGCAAAGGCGACAAGGGAAAUGAUCCGAGCUGCGAGACUCUGAACAAAUUCGUGUAUUCUGGCCGAAUGCCAGUCGGCAACUUUUACAUCGAGAAACCCAACUCUGCGCAGAUCGAUUUGUGGCGCAUCGAAGGUACUGAGACGUACAACAUUUUCGAGAGGGGCGGGGACGGCACCAUCCACGGCCAGUGCCAGUUGCACAAGUCGUUCCGCGAGGCGUGCCAGUACACUGGAUUCACUGAGCUGUGGAUUCGGCCCAUGCUGCACUGCUGGCAGUGGUGA